AUGGAAUCUUAUUUUAAAUAGAUGAUUAUGACUUUGCUGGCUAUGUCAAUUUUCAAUAGAGUCAAUUCAGAAGUGACAUAUGAGAAAGUAACCUAUUAUCUAGACACAACUACAUCUGCUUAAAACUUGACUUGCCAAGGUCAAACAAGAGUUUAUCAAUCAGCAAUUACUGGAACAUAGAGUGUUAUGCAAUUCAAAAUAAAUACUGGUUAUGGUUAUCUCAGGUUAUUUUAUACUUUUGAAUUACAUGCACCUCCUACUUUUACAAAUGAUGUUAUCCUUUAUGAAAGUGGCUAAAUUGUUUAUACAGUAAAAAGAAGUUUACCUGCAUCAACUUUGACUAAUUUCUGUUCUUCCACAAGUUUAGUUCAAUUUAUUACAUUUACUUCAAGCACUUUGAUGAAUCAACAGUAAGCUACACUUUAUGUUUAAACUAAUAGUGCAAUCACAUUGUAGAUUAAGAACUUAAAUAUUUAUGCUGAGAGGUGUUAGUUGCAUUGUAAAAUAUGUGAGGAAUUUACAAAUUGCUUAGAAUGUAUGCCUAAUUUUACAUUGGGUUAAUGGGGACGAUGCGAAUGCGAAUCGUCUUAUCUUACUUAUUACUAAGGAUAAUGUAUUACUUCAUGUCCUGCUAAUUAUAUUUUUGAUGGUGAUACAUGUAGUCAAUACAACCAAUUAAUCAAUUUAUUAUAUGAUGAUACAGCAUCAAAAUUUACAAUGUAUCCAGACUACAAUACAACUUGGAGAGAAUGUAAAACUACUUUAGAAGGUAAAUAAGUAGCAGGCCUCUUUAUUUAGAAUGAAAUUGUAGAAUAUAAAAUUAGUAAUCCAACAGCUACACCCAUCAAUAUUUAAAUUGAAGCAGAAUUUUAUCUUUUCAAUCUCCAAUUAGAAUAGUCCUUAUUUUUGCUUCUUAAGUUUAAUGAUUAUAUAGUAUCUUAAACCUUAAUAAUGAAUAAUAAAUCAAACAAACUAUCAACUUUAAGAGGAAUAAAUCAACAUUUAUGCAAUAUAGUUGGAUUUCAUACUUGUCUAAGGUUUACUAUAAUAUAAAAAAUCGACAAUGUUUUAGAUCCUUAAACAAUCUAAUUUUACAUUAAUAUUCCAUUAGAAAGAAAAGAAAUCACUUGGGCAAUUUCGUUUAUUAAUGUUAAUGCUGUUUACUUAAAUCCAAUUACUUGUCCUUUAAAAAGAUUCUAGAAUUAAUGCGUUGAUGAAUGUCCAAUAACAUCAAGGACUUCAGGAAAUGAAUGUAUUAGCAUAAUUAACGAUUACAAAUUUUCAAAAAUAUUGUGGAUUCAAAACACGGACAAUUUUGAUAUAAAAUAAAAAUUCAAAAUUGAGGAUCCUUGUUAUUUAUUAGAAAAUUUAAAAACUAUGAAUUGUAAAUUUUAUUAAAAACGAUAUAUCUAAGGAGGUGACUUGAUUUGGAGAGAUUAAUAAAUUAAAUUCAAUCUUAAAAACCUUUCUCCUCACUAUAAGCUGAAACUAUUUUUAAAAGCCAUACUUAUAGAUCCUGUAGAUAAUCAAUAGAGUUUAAUAGUGAAUAUAGAUGAAAACAAAUAUGCAUUAAACAAGAAUUCGCCAAAUUCUUAUUGUUUCAGUAGUUUAGUUACAGCAGGUUGUAUAAUUUAGGAAGAUCUUGGUACAACAGCUGCGGAUUACUUAAUUAACUUUGAACAAGAAUUUGAUCAUUUGAAUACUGAUUUAGAGAUUUUGUUUAAUUGUAACAUAAAGUCAAAUAUUAACUCUUAUUGUGCUAUGUAUGACAUAAUAAUUCUUUAAGCUAAUUGUCCUUAAAAUUGUCAUUAUUGUACAUCGGAUUCUGUUUGCAUAUCAUCAUAACCAUAACUUCAAGUAUUUUAUGAUUGCCCAAGUGAAGGCUAUUACUAUUCUGAAGGUGCUUGCCAGAGUUGUUAAAGCGUUUGCAAAACAUGCACCAAUGGUUAUUACUGUACGACUUGCAAGGAUUAAUAUGUUCAAUAUGGAAACUUAUGUUUUUGCAAAUAUAAUUUCGUCUUGGCUACAUUGACUGAUUGUUCAGAGGAAGAUUGCCAUCCAUCAUGUUCAAAAUGCUAAAGAAGACCUAACUCAAGUUAUAUUCGUGCAAUUUAAAAGGUGUCUUAGCUAUGUGCUAGUUGUGAUAGAAAUGAACAUAAAGUGCUCGAUUUUGAUACCUGUGAAUGUUUCUUAGGCUAUUAUAUGGAUCGAGCUAGUUAUCCAAGCAAUUGCAAAUAAUGUAGUGAAAUAUGUAAAACUUGUUCUGAUGCAACAACUUGUGUGACAUGUUUUCCAGAAUAAAAUAGAAUACUACAAGAAUAUCAAUGUUAAUGCAUAUAAGGUUAUUUUGAAAAUGGAUUUGACUCUGUUUGUAUCUAAUGUAAACAGACUUGUAAACACUGUUUAUACAAGGAGGAAUAUUGCACUUAAUGUUAUCCAGAAUAAUAUCGGUAGUUAUCAACAGAAAACACAUGUAAAUGCCAAGAUGGAUAUUAUGAAGACGCUACUAGAGAAAACUGUUUAAGUAAUUUAUUAAUUUUAUUUAUUUAGAAUGUAGCGAUUAUUGCAACACUUGUUCAAAUUUUUAAACCUGCACUUCAUGCAAUGAUUUCCAAUUCAGGAUAUUGGAUUUACAUACUAAUUAGUGUAUCUGCUAAUCAGGAUAUUACCAUAUCUAAUAACUAGAUUGUUUACCAUGUUAUUAUGCCUGCAGCAAGUGUAAUAAUUCAGAUCUAAUAUCCUAAUGUACUGCAUGUCCUAAUUCAAGGUAGAAAUCAGCUCAUAAUAUUGAAACUUUUGAAUGUAAAUGUAAGAAAGGAUAUUUUGAUGAUGGAUAUUUGGAAUGUCUACCUUGCAAUAAUUUGAACAAUCCACCAAUUACACAUUAUUGUUACUCUCAUUGUGGAGAUCAGAUCAUCUAAUGGAAUGAAGAAUGUGAUGAUGGCAACUUAGAUCCUAGAGAUGGAUGCAAUCAGUGUUUUCUUUAAAAUUCUAAUUGCAUCGAUAAUAUCUGUUUAUAAUGUUAAAACAACAAAUGUCUUUAAUGUAUAGAUGGAUAUUAUCUAAAUAAUGAUUAUGCAUGUAUUCAAUGUUCUGAUGAAUGUUCAACGUGUGAAUCAUCAUAGAAUAAUUGUACAUCAUGUAAGUUUGAUAAUCUAAGCACUGAUAAAUGCUUAAGCUGUUCUUAAGAGUAAGGCUUUGUCCAAAUAGAAGGUGAGUGCUUUAGUAUAUGUGGAGAUGGUAUUCGAACAUUUUAGGAAUUAUGCGAUGAUGGGAAUUAACUAAUAGGAGACGGCUGCGAUUAGUUCUGCAAUGUAGAAGAUGGUUAUAUUUGCAAUCUCCAAUGCGAAAAGAUUAACUAUCUUGAAAUUCAAUUGAAGGAGUAUCAUUUAGACACUAUUUAUGAUUCCAUAAGAACAAUUGAAUUAAAACUCAAUCAAGAAGUUAAGAUUGCUACUAAUAAUUCAAUAAUAGAUUUUAUCAAAAUUACUUCAUCUACUCCUAAUCUUAUAUUAACUGUAAUUAACAUUAAGGACUAUUCAUCUCUUAAAAAUGAUUACUUUAAUAUCGGUUUAGAUUUGACUAUAGAAUUAAAUUCAUCAGCAUUGUCACCAACCAUAAUAGUUGCUAUUUAAAAUUAUACCCUUUUUACUAAUAAUCAGGGUUAUACCUUUAAAACCAACAGUGCCACAAUAUAAUUAAUUGAUUUCAUCAAGCAGGAUCAAUUUGUCCUUCAAAAUAGUCAAAACUUAAUUACAAUGAGUUCGUAUUUCCUUUACAUAUUAUUAGGACUAGCACUUUUAGCUAUGAUUUUUGGAGGUUUGGACAUAUUUUGGAAUCUUUUGGAUACUUUGUAACUAAUUUGUUAUCUAAAAUAUUUUAAUGUAACCUAUCCUUACAAUCUUCAAUACUAUUUUACUAUUUUUGGGUUUGCUGAAUUUGAUUUUAUUAAGUCUUAAUUUGAUUUUGAAUACUUGAUUACUCAAUAUGUAGAAACUCCAGAAGCCGAUCCAAAAUUUAAUUCGGAAGGAUAUUCUACUGUUUUUCUUAUAAAUAUAAUUUCUGUCCUUGUUGUGUUUCUAACGACUAGUGCUACUUUCAUGAUCAUUAAAGUCAUAUUGUAUUUCAUACAUAAAAUUACAAAGGACUUUUCUGAAGAUAUGAUAUUGAAGGAAAGAGAAAAAAUAAAUAUAUUGACUUUUCUAUUUUACAAAAUAGCUAAUAGUUGCUAAAAAUAUUUCCUAAAAAUUGUGUUGGAGUUUAAAAGUGCAAUCAUUAGAACCUUUAUGGCUUCUGCCUAUGAUUUAAAUAUAGCAAUAUUUUUGUAGUUUAAAGAUGUACAUUUUCAUCACCCCAUAUUGAGAUUUAGUAGUAUUUGUGCAAUUUUAGUGUUUUUUUUGGAAGUGUAUUUUAUCUAUAAUGGUUUCAUAUUGAUGAGUAAGGAUAAAGCAAUAUACAAGUUACAGAAUACCAAAUCAAAUUAUGGAUCACUUUUUGAAGGUUUAAGUUUAGAAAGAAAUCGUUUCAAUUAUUAUUUUAAUUUGUUCAUUGUAAUUAAAAAGGCUGCAUUCAUAGCCUUGCUAGUGUUCCUGUAUAAUUCUCCCUGUUUAUAAAUUAGUUUAGUUUCCCUAUUAAGUUUAGCUCAAGGUUUAUUUUUAUUCUUUAAUCAAUCAUUGGAAGAUUAUCAUGAGCUUACUAAAUAAAUUACUUGUGAAAUAAUUUUAUGGGUAGCAGAAAUUUUAAUUUUGACCUUAGGGUUUAAUGAGUAAAGUAAUAUUUUGAAUCAUAUUUAAAUUCUAAAUAUUGGAUGGAUUGUAAUGGGAUUUUUGUCCUUAAUUAUAUUUGUUUAAUUAAUAAUUGAUUGCAAGCAACAUUUUUAGUACCUUAAUGAAAAAUAUCUAUUGUUCAAAAAAUUAAGACUUUGGUUUCAACAUUAUUUUGAGUAGGAAGAAGCUUAAUCAUCUUUAAAUACAGAUUCUAGCUAGUUUUCGAUAAUAUUUCAUAAAAAGCAAAAACAAUUACCAAACAUUCCAUCAGCUUAAGGCUCAGAGAAGUAAAUAAAUCAACGUCGUAUUGUCUCUUUUAAAAUGAGUUGA